UCCUUCCACAAAAACCAAAUCUAAUCUUGCAAAAGCAAUUACCACUGCCUUUCCAAAGCUGCAUUCUGGUGGAAAACUUGGAUAUGAAAACUAUUAUAGUCCAUAUACAGAAUUUGUAAUGGGUAAUAAGAAAAAGAAGGUCACUCCUCAUGGCCACAUAGAAGAGAGACUGAAAACUAUGCGUAAACAUGUUGGUGUUCAUGUUCAAGCUUGUCGAAAGAGAGUUAUUGUUUUAGCAGAAGAGUUCCACUCAUCAGCACCUUUUUCAAAAGAAGAACUAAGUAUGAUUGCAGAGUUGAGAUUUGAUGACUUAGGCUAUGAAAAAAAGUUGGACUAUAUGGAAAAAACUUCAUGCUCUCGUCGAAAAUGGAUUGUGAAUUGUAGGCCAACAUUUGAUGAUUUACUCAAAACAUUUCUGCCACUAAAAGAUCUAUCCAUACACUUUCAGAAAGAUUUCUGUUGCAAUUUCGCAGAGUUGAAUGAUUUUUUGGCUCAAUGGGAGUUAAUAACGCCACAUGUUAUCUCUUGGGCAAGGCAAAAGACAAAUUUGAUGGUCAAGCAGAUGCUUGCUGAGCUUGAUAUGCAAGACAACCCUUCUAUAGGAAUUGAAAUGGAUUUUGCAUUGUUAUUACUCCCCUUUAUAAUUAAAGUACCAUCAAAGAAUAAAAGUUGUGCAUCAGCUGCUGAAGUUGCAGAACAUUUCAUUCAAUUUUAUCCGGCAUCAACUCCGAUGGAAAUUGUGCUUCAAAGUCUUACUCACAAGCAUCCGUUAGUCAUAGCUUUGGGUACUCAUUGCAGUGUCGGUCAAUUAUUUAUUGUUACAGAGUGUCGAGCUAUUCCUGUCAACAGGUGUAUAUCUUAUGCUGUUGACAUCUUAAUUAAACUUUAUUUUUUAAUGAACAUGGAGUAUGCGGAACAAUGUAGCCACAUAUUGUACUUUUUGCAGCAUACCGUGUUAGGUUACCAAGAUGAAAUGCAUCUAUCGAGAGGAGCGAGUGACUUGUCCCUUUACCUUAGACAAAAACUUAAUCAAUUUUAAACGCAGAAACAAUUAUAUUUUGGUUAUUAUUUGCUAUAUGCAUUGUUAUUGCUAUAUUGCGUA